AUGGCGAGAAACUGGGCAAAUCUCCCGCAAGAGUUGCUAGUACUAUGCUCGCAACUCCUAUGUCCGAAGGAUUUGUCGGCCUUUCGAGCAGUAUGCCACUCUUGGCGAUUCGCUGCUGUCGAAGGGAGGAGCGACGUCCCGUGGUUGAUGCUCGCGGACGAGGAGGGGACGCGGUGGCGCGAGUUUUUCUGCCUCUCAUGUCAGCUGGUUCACAAAGCGCUCUUGCCAGAAGCAAAGGGGAAGAGAUGCUUCUUUUCGGGAGGUUGGAUGCUGACGAUGGGCAAAGAGGGGGAACUCCACAUGCUGAAGAAUCCCAUGUCGUGCUGCGACCAUAUUAUUAAGCUUCCCAAUCUGAACAAGUUCCUCGCCAUACAAAACUCCCGCUUGCUUCGCACGUAUGGUGCCUACAUCUUUAAGUUCUCUCUAUCUGAUAGCCCUGCUACGUCUCCAGAUUACAAAGUCGUUGUCAUCUAUAGGAACUGCCGACGAUUAUGGCUUUGGAAACCCGGCGACGAGGAGUGGUCGUCAGUGACCUCCCAAGUAUUAUGUCAAUGA